CUAAUGGGCCAGUGCUGCCAUUCAGAACCAAAAAGAGCAGGAAAUGAGAUUGGAGAUAAGGUCACAGGGCAAGCCUUGUUUGACCAGAUUUUGCUUUUAGAAGAGGAUACAGAACUUCCAGGAUUCAAAGAGCUUGUUGGGGGUUGUAAAGAGGAGCUAGGAGAGGAUGAUGGGCUAUUGUUUCAUGAUCCCAGACAUAAAUCGGAGUUUGAUUUAGUGUGUCAAGGGUCACCCUCUGUUUCUCAAAAGAAGGUUCCUUUGAUAAGGAAAUCAAGCAUGUAUUACAAAAAGAUGAGAACUCCUAAAUGAAGCAAGAAGACUGGCUCGAUGAAGCCUUUAGAUUUUUCUAAAAUAAUCAUGCCUCAGAGUCCCCUACCAUCAACUCUGUAGUCUUUCUCACAAUCGUGCAAGAGAAUACAUUGAAGAAAAGUAUCAAAUUUUUCUCUUGAGUCUCCAAUGCAGAAAUCUGGCUACAAAAACUGAGACAGUCUUGGCCAGGUUAAUGAUCCAUCUUCAAGACCAAAAGUGUCCAAAAACUCGGAUAUCAAGCUAGACCUGCUCCUUACAGAAUGUCUUGAGGAGGAGAGUGUCUCUUCCUUCCAAAGCGUCAGUGAGGACUAGCCAUAUCUUAUCUUAAUUUUUAC